GGGGCGUGGGCUUUGGUAAAUUCUGCCCUUUCGAUCCCGCUGUGCUGCACGGAGUACCACCGUAGCUCAUCAGUCUGACACAACUUUGCCCGCUCGACUGCCGCCGUCCGAGCAGGUAGAGUCGCUGCUCCACCUGACCUCUGAUCACUCCAUAUAUACAAGAACCCGCCGGUUCCCGCUGCUGUACGCUCGUAGCAACUGCUUGCUGCGGACGGACAGGUCAUAUCAGCCCAAUAUGACUUCGAACCACCGCCCGAUGUCUAUCCAGCGGAAGCCUGUUGCUUCCCUGGCGCCUCCAAAUGAGCCGCCGCCGCCACCACCACCACCACCGCCUCCUACCACCUCUUUCGACGCUCCUCUUUUUGAAGAUCCUCGUCUUCCUGAACCUCUCAACCCUCCUUAUAUGGCUGCUCCCCUCGAUGCUCCUCCUCCUCCACCAUCCGGGCCGCCACCUGGACCACCACCACCUCCCCCUCAGCAGCCAUUAUACUCGGUAGCCGAAUCAACAAGCCCCUCCAGCGCGGCCGGCGAUUCGACUGUUUUUGAAUCAGCACAAUCUGAUACGUCGUCCUUACCGUACCCGCAACACAGCCCUCCGCAACCCCCACAGUCAAAGGUGUAUCCCGCUCCGGAUUCAGAAGCACCAGCCGUGUCAUCCCAGAUAUCGCUGCUUGUAAUGCCGCAGUCUGAUAUUAUUAGCCCUAUAGACAACAACACGAACCUACCCCCGCAGAUCAAUGGUCCGAUUCCGCCUUCCCCUUCUGUGUAUUCUGCACCAACCACCCCAGCCGCCGACACUGAUGUGCCAGUACCAGCACUCCCUCCGCUAGGCUUCAACUUUGACAUUCAACCUCUGGCCAACCCGGUGAUUAUGGAUCCUAUUCCACCUUCACCCGUGCCAGAGAGGACAACCUUUAGCAUUGCAGAAGCACUUGAGGAAAAUGUUGCUGCCAAUCCUGACCAAGUCGAUAGCAACAGGAACUCUGUUGGACUGAGCGUGGCGUCAAGCGAAGGCCUCGACAACGAUAUAGCUAGACCACGGAGCAGGUCAUAUUCAGAGCGAAAAGACUCCCUUCCACCUAUGCAGGUGCUGAAAACUCGACAAACGGCUCCUUUGCCAGAGCCCAGGGGACGAAGCGUUUCUGCACGUGUCAACUCGACGAUCAUGGAGGGUUCAAGGAUGUCCAUGUCCAUGUCUGCCACCAAUCUACGACCUAUUUCCAGUAUUAAUCAGAGCCCAACGAGGCGGAAGCUACGCCGAAGUUGGAUGCCAGGACGAUCCCGCUCCAGCUCAAUGGAUGCUAGCCAUGCCAACAAAAUGGCUGCCUGGGUCAUGUCGGAUGGAAGCAAGGCAGAAUACAAUACGGCCUUCCUUACUAAUGGAGAGAAGGUUCCUGAACUCUGGAAUGAGAAUGGCGCAGUCCUUGUCUAUUUGUAUCCCAAGUCUACUGGACGUGGGCCAUCCUUCAAAGUACCGGAGUUUACCGUGAGCUCCUCCUUCAUCUUCAACGAACUCAUCCGAUCAGAACUUGAGUCCCCGGGCACAAGAACCAGAGCUAGUAGCUUUACAGGUAGAAAUAGCCUGAGCACCGAUGACGCUUCACGGGUAUCAUCCCCGACAUCGUUCCCAGUCGACCCAUCUGGAGAUUUCCUCCACCUGUACCUCCCCCCUGCACCAUCAAAUGCUUCAUCAAGCCAGCUAGCGGUGCCUACUGCCGACAACUCGGGAUCGGAGCUGGAGCGUCUGAUUGCGAUUCGGAAUUUGUUUGCCUUCCUUACGGGCCAACCUCUAGUGGGAACUGCGGCACGACCAACAAACUUCCACGCCUUCCUCCAAAUCUCGGAUCUCUUGCAAGAGUUUUGUUUUUCGAGUGCUGAUGGAUAUACUUUUGGUAAUGCGGUUGAUCUUAGCUUCGGCUUCUACUCAGAGUCUCUUGGCUUUGGAGAUUGCCGCGCAAGCCGAGAACAAACACUGGAAGCUUUAAUCCUGGGCGAACGAAUGCGAUCUCUGGAACUCUAUAACGAAGCAUUUGUACAUGCUGUAGGGAAAUACUCAUCCAUUAUGGAUCUGCGCCUGCCGUUAUUUCAACAAAUCUCCCCAACCACAAGACAGCGACUGGAAAAGGCUCAUUUUGACCUUGAAAAUCGUUAUCAGAACGUGAAAGACCAACUUGAGCAGUUUGAAUUUCCGUCUCUGUUUGCUGGUAUCGCAAAUUCGUCAUCUAUCCCUGAGCUGAAACAAGUUCGAUUCAAGAUUUGGCGAAACUCAUUCCACAAGAUGAGACAGUUUGUCAUGAGCUACUACAAAUCUGCAUUUGGUAGUUGGCCUCCCAAAGCUAGCAGCAAGAAGAAUCCCUUCGUGGAGAGCGGCCUGAAUCGCAUCGUGCUGAAAACUUUGUACUCGGACCAUUGUGCCCUCUACGACUUGCUUGUGGAUCGAAACAGCCUUACAACAAGAGUUAUUGAUGAGGUACCAAAUGUUUCUAAGGAGGCUGAUGAGAUGAUUACAUCGGCUCUCCGUGUUAUCGAGUCUGAAUUUGAUCGUUCUAGACCUCCUGUUCUGCCUCCUGUUCCCUUUGACCUCCCUCUAAUUCCGUCAAUGACGGCCAUUCUUGAAACGUACAAUACUCUUUCGCCCCGAGAGCAGGCUAAAUUCGACAAGAAAGUCAAGGAACCUGAAUUGGCUCUGGUGUUGAAUGGCGCCUACAACUAUGACACUGCCAGUAUUCAACUUCCAUUCUUGGAUUAUUUCAAAGAGUUUGAGGCUCGAGAAGCCAAGGGGAAGACGGCUCAAGAUCUCGUCGAUCAACGAAUUGGUUAUUUCCUCUUCCUCUAUGUUAUUCUCCAGUCACUGCCCAUGUUAGUGGUGGAUGCUCCCGACCUCAAAUUUGCCGAAGGCGUCGAGUAUUUCUUGUGCCAACCUCCUAUCGGUAAUCCACCAUGGGUUGAUGACAAGGGAUUCCGAAGAAUGUGGUACGAGGUUGCCGGCGGUGGCUACGUUGAGCUUUCCGCAGAUGCCGUCAUGUUCAGCGUGGAGGCGAUCUACCACCGAAGCCACUGUUGGCUGGCUGCCAAGAUUUGGGAGGAAAUGGGUAACUCGGCAACUCCGCCCCUGGAAGAGCCAGCCUUGGAACCUCUUGAGCCUCCUCGGCCCAUGUUCCAGGAUGCUGACGGCGGCUUCAACAAUGGAUCAGGUGGUCUCUCCGGCCAAAGCACCCCAUCAUCAGUCCCAGGAUCACCUCAGCUGCGACCGCGACCGCGUAACCAAUCCCCAGCUAGCCGUCGUGUCAGCACUGCGAACCGCUCGAGUAUCAUGAUGGGUUUGGAGCCUGUUCCCCUUGAGCCGCCGCCAAAUCUCUUUGGUGUCCACCAGCGAAGCAGCUCGCUGGGACCACGACCGAUGAGCAGCCAUCUCACCAGCCGAUCUUCAUCUGUCGGAAAUCUUGUUGGUAUGAAUCCUCGGAUGUCAAGACCGAGCUCCCCGGCCAGACAUGCCGCAGCGACGUCCGGGACCACUUUCGAUGACAUUUUGGGAGAAGCAAAUAAGAAAAAGUCAGCUCCCAAGAAGAAGGGUAGAUUCUUCUAAUCUCUACCACAUAUUUUUUCUUCUUUUCUUUUCUCCUUUUUCUUUUUCUUCUUUUUCUUUUUCUCAUUUUUCUUCUUUCUACUUUUUUUUUUUUCUUAAAAACAACUUCUUAAUGACUUGUGGCCUCUCAGUGGCAAUCUCGUCGCUUUCUAUCCCUUUUCUUCCUAUCACACAUAUAUCGCAUAUAAAAACGUUGUUCAUCUGUUGGAGGUUGGGACUUUUUGUUGCUCUGGAAUAUUUUCUUUCUUUCCUUUAUUGAAAGAGUUUUUUUUUUUUUUUCUCUCACAUAUUACAUGUUAGAGUCGGAUUUUCUUAAUAGGAUGUAUAAAAGCCCGUUGGGCAUUGGGCCAUGAAGAUAAAUUUCAGGGCACUAGAUGAUGGUUAGAUGGAGGGAACAAAACGAGCGAGCGAGCAAAGCGGAGCAGAGAAGAGAAGAGCAAAGCGAAGCGAGC